AGUUUAACCCCCCACCCCCUCCUCACCCAACAAGGCUGACAGCAAAUUAAAUGGAUGCCCCACGAACAAGUUAUAGAUCGCGCUUGAGUGUUAUUUUUUUGUUUUAAAGCAGUGGAUUUCUUUUCUCUUCUUGUUUUGUAUCCAAAAGAAAAAAUGUUGAUCUCGUUUUUGCUCAGUGCUCUGAUUGUAUGCGAGAUCGAAGCGCUAGGCCAGCUCUCCCCCAGCGUAACCGGGACGAGACCCCCUCCUCUGCAUGUCGAUGAUGAGGGGAACUCGUUCUCAACGGACCGAGAGGCUCCCAAGCGACAGCAGCAAGUCCUCGAACGCUUGUCCGGUUCAAGCUUCACCCUGAAGGUACAGGUCACUGACAUGCUGACUCGUCAGUACCUGAGUCAGGCAGAGGUGGAUCUCUACGUCAAUUACACCAGAACCAACACAGUUCUUACAGCGGACGACGGCAGUGUUUUUCUCCAAGUACCUUUUCAAACUGGGUCACCUGUCACAGUUGUGGCGUGCAAGGACGGCUACAUUUGCGCAUUGCUUCCAUACAGAACUAUGAGGACACCAAUAUUUUCUUCGGUGACCGUACCACUAUGCCGUCUGACACAAGGAAACAUCUGGAUUUUUGAAGACUCUUUCCUGAUCACUGACAAAACAUCUGAUACUUCAUUAGAGCCUGUUGUCCAGUUCCCAAAGAGUCUGCUGAACCUGACCGAGGGCAGUGACAUCGCCUCUUUUAAAGCUUACUUGACCAUCCCGAAGCCACCUUUACAGGAACGAGACUUUCUCAAGACCUUGGCCAUCAUGAGCAGAACAACAGGAUACAUCAGCAUGGAAUUGAAUCCAGUUGCGGCAGUUAGUGUGCGACUGUUCUCCGGAGACACAGAGCUGCAUAUCAGUGGACCCAUAAAGAUCAGCCUAACUCUUCCCGACAACUGUGAACUGCAGUCUUCAAAUGCAGUUCCAGCAUGGUUAUAUAACCGCACCACUGGUGGCUGGAUGAGACAGGGAUUAGGGUCGGUGGUGUCAGAAGGUAGAAAAUUGAGUUGGACAUUCACCGCUCCUCAUCUUGGUUACUGGAUUGCUGCACCUAUGCCAACUGUUGGACAUGUCUUUAGACCUGACAUCCUCAGGGACGUCUUUGUCCAUUAUUCACCUUUCCUGAUGGUCAUUCUUGGAGGAAUGCUUUGUCUUUUUGCCUGUCUUCUUGCUGGCCUGUUGUAUUGUCACAGAAACUCUGCAAGGCAAACUAAAGUGACGCAGAUGGUGCCACUGAUGAGAAAAGACCAAUCCACCACGACCGGCAGCAAUGAAGACAUUGAAGGAUCUUCUCAAUUUACCGAAAAAAGGGAUGACCAUCAUAAUGUCAGCGUAUCCAUCUAUAAUGGCAAUAUUAUAGCCAAUCCAAAUGCAUUGGCCGGCAGGGCUGAAGCCAAUGAUGUGAUUCCUUCAAGCAAUACAACGGAGCUGAUACGAGUUCCGGCUUCUCUAACAGACUCUCUGGUGUUUUACAACCAGCCUAUUGCCAUUCUGCAUGCGGCUGCAUUUUUCCAAGUGGAAGACCAACAAGAGGAGCUCCACUGGAGCAAGUCAGUGGCUUUGUAUACUGGUGGCUCGGAGAAACUGAGUGAAGAAAGCUGCAGCCAAAAUGUGUCACCUAGUUCCUCUGCCACUGCGAACCAGGGAGGAGAUCCCAAAAGACAGGUUGUCAAUUUGGAAAAUGCUCAGGUCCCAACAUCCAGAGGCCAGUAUAGUCUCCUGGAAUCUGCAUCAGUUCCAGAAACAUUAAGUAAAAUGCGGACCAGUAGACACUCGAUGGACGCCGCGACAGAACUUUCAAAAAUGCCUUCCUCGCAGCCUCCCCGGGCCUGGUUUGUGAGUCUGGAGGGCAAACCUGCGGCCGAGAUCCAUUAUGCCGUGGCAGAGCAGCAGCGGAGAAGAAGAGCGGCGGAAAGUCAAGAAACCAGUUUGGAUUCGGGCGUGGAUAUGAUCGAGAUGAACCAGACACCCGGGAGGAGAGCUGUAACUCUGGAGAGGAACACUACUUUUGUAAAGAGGACAUCCAGCAACAAACAUCCGUCGCAGUAAAAUCACCAGUCAGUGUUCAGGUCUGCAGUGCUUGAAGUGAAAUAGCAUCAGAUGUAAUUACUGUAUGUCAUGAUGUGAGUGGCUGAGUUCACACAAUCAGCAUUCUAGCUACAUCUGCGAUAUAGCAGUCGUUGAUUUAAAAUAUGAUUCGUUUUCACUCAUUGUACUGUAACUGAACAAGAUGUGAUUCAUUCUCUCCUUCAUUAGUUUCAUCAAUUGACAAGUUAAAUUGCAAAGCUUUUUUGUCAUUGAUAAUGACUCAUUUGGAUUGUCGGGUGUCAAGGCAAAAAUGUUAACCCUUAGUAGACAACAGACAGGACAAGCACACUGAGAAUAAUAAGAGAUACAAUUUAAUAAAAACUUGCAUCCAAGGAAAGAGUUAAAAUACAACCUGAUGGCUUUCAGAAGUGUCUGCCUUGUUCUCCUUUUUAGGCAGGUUUAUAUAUAUAUAUAUAUAUAUAUAUAUAUAUAUAUAUAUAUAUAUAUAUAUAUAUAUAUAUAUGUAUAUAUAUAUAUAUAUAUAUAUACACACACACAGAUACACACCUAUAUCUCAACAGGCAGUUAUCAUCUGCCUCAUGCAAGUGGUGCCCCAGCUCUUCAACAAAUGGAAGUUUAUGUUUGUCAAUUUGUGUUUACCACAGUGGAAUCAAUCUUUUCCAAAACCUCCAAAACCCUAACAUUAUCACACUGAGUUGUUUUUGCCAUAUAGUCUCAUGAACUAAACAUUUUCUUCAUGCAAAAUAAACUCUUUGUUUAUUUUCUUCUGGCUUAAUGUCAAUAUCCAGAUUUCUAAAUAAACUAAACGUGUGUAAUUCAA